GGCGGGCCGCGGCGAGGCAGGCUCGGGCGCCGGCGACAUGCCGCUCUUCACUGCCAACCCUUUCGAGCCAGACGUGGAAAAAGCCACAAAUGAAUACAAUACUGCAGAAGACUGGAGUCUUAUUAUGGACAUAUGUGACAAAGUUGGAAGCACUCCAAAUGGAGCAAAAGACUGCCUGAAGGCCAUAAUGAAAAGGGUGAAUCACAAGGUUCCUCAUGUUGCCCUGCAGGCACUAACUCUUCUUGGGGCUUGUGUGGCAAAUUGUGGAAAGAUAUUUCAUUUAGAAAUAUGUUCACGAGAUUUUGCAUCGGAAGUACGCACUGUGAUAAAAAAUAAGCCUCAUCCUAAAGUUUGUGAAAAACUAAAAUCUUUAAUGGUGGAAUGGUCAGAAGAAUUUCAGAAGGACCCCCAAUUUAGUCUGAUAUCUGCAACUAUUAAAUCUAUGAAGGAAGAAGGAAUUACUUUUCCAUCAGCUGGUUCUCAGACUGCCUCAGUUGCUGCCAAGAAUGGCACAGCACUGAACAAAAACAAAGAAGACGAAGACAUAGCUAAAGCCAUUGAAUUGUCAUUGCAAGAGCAGAAGCAGCAAUACUCAGAGACAAAAUCUUUAUAUCCAUCUGCAGAAAUUCAGUUAAAUAAUAAGGUUACACGGAAAGUGAGAGCUUUAUAUGAUUUUGAAGCUGUUGAGGACAAUGAACUCACCUUUAAACGUGGUGAAAUUAUUAUUGUUUUGGAUGACAGUGAUGCCAAUUGGUGGAAAGGAGAAAAUCACAGAGGAAUUGGACUCUUCCCAUCUAAUUUUGUAACAGCUAACUUAAACAUUGAGUCUGAGGCAGCAGCUGUGGACACAUUGAAAGAAGCUGAUGAUGAUGUGGAGGAAAAUACAAGAUCAGAGCCUGAGCCUGUUUAUAUAGAUGAGGAAAAGAUGAACAGAGCCCUGCAGGCUCUUCAGAGUAUAGAUCCAACAGAUUCAAAACCAGACUCCCAAGACCUCUUGGACUUAGAAGAUACCUGUCAACAGAUGGGUCCAAUGAUAGAUGAAAAACUUGAAGAGAUUGAUAGGAAGCAUUCAGAAUUGUCUGAGUUGAAUAUAAAAGUCAUGGAAGCUCUGGAACUAUAUAACAAAUUGGUGAAUGAAGCACCAGUCUACCCGGUGUAUUCAAAGCUCCAUCCUCCAGCACAUUACCCAUCUACAUCAGCGGGGGUUCCAAUGCAGACAUACCCAGUUCAGCCACAUGGUGGAAACUACAUGGGUCAAAGCAUUCACCAAGUAGCUGUUGCCCAGAACUAUAGCCUGGGACCAGAUCAUAUUGGUUCACUGAGAUCUCUACCUCCCAAUGUGAAUUCCUCAGUAACAACACAGACUGCUCAAACUCCAUAUUUAAGCACCGGACAAGACACUGUUUCCAAUCCUUCUUACAUGAACCAGAACUCUAAUCUUCAGUCAGCUCCUGGAACAGCUGCCUACACACAGCAGAUGGGGAUGUCAGUGGACAUGUCAGCCUAUCAGAACACCACUUCCAACUUGGCACAGGUGGCAGGCUUUCCGGUGGCAGGUCCAGCUCCUUCAGUCAUACAGCCACAAGCAAAUUACCAUCAGCAGCCUCUUCUUUAGAAAUAAGCUACAUGUUUCCUUGAAAAAUCUUUCUAAGUGUGUCACUCACCCAUGUGACACCAAUGUGAAAAGAAAACCUUUCUCCUGAUUCAAAGAACUAUGAAUAAAUAAAGCACAAACACCUGUCUUAACUCUGGAGGCCAUAAAAGGUUUGUUUCAGCCCAGUUUGUUUGAAGUUAAUCCUUUGAUCAGAGGCAGCUUAAAGAUGCUUCCAGUUUUGUCAUACUUUGAAAUCUACAAAAAUCUGGACCUUCAAUGAGCAGCCUUAGGACACUUAGUGGUAUGAGCUAGUUUUACUUUCACAUUUUUCCCCUAAGCUGUGGUUUUCAGAGCACCUCUAAACAUUCAUUGUCUGUAUAGUUUUCAGAAUUACCCACACCAUUAUUUUAAAAGGUGACCAUCUUUCUGCGUAAGCACAGAGUUUGCUAGUGUGUUUCCUUUGGCUCUUUAAAUCGUGGUGGUGUUUACAGCACUGUCGGUUUUUCUCUCAGUGCUGUGUUGAGUAAUAAUUAGCAUAUAAUUGUGCACAGAACCAGGAGCAGUUUGGAAAGAACAAACAUGUUUUCUGUUGGUUACAGUGGGACUCAUGUAAAUGCUGAUGUGCAGCAAAGCAAUGAGCCAGGCCCCUACAACAGUGCUGAUGGGACUAAAGACUGUUCCCAGACAUUUCUUUUCCUACCAGUGCCGCUGGUAUUUAGAAUUGCCACAAAUGACCUUGGAAUCUUCUAAGGAAGCUGUGGUCCAUUUGCUUUCUUCCUACAUUGUGCUGUGUAGAGUCUGCAUUUGCUUUGUAUGAGUUAGAGGUGCAUUUGAGCCAGGAGAAAUCAUUAAGCUUUAUGUGAUACAGACCACGCAUGGGUGACAAGUGUGUUAUGGGUGUGUUGGUUUCUUAUUAAAAAGAAAAAGUGAUUGAAACACUGUUUAACCUUUGUGCCAAGCUGUUGAAAAAAUUAACCAUUCCUUUCAGAAGCAAUUCUUUGGACUAAUAGCAGUCAAUGAUUUGAUGGAAGACAGAGGAUUGAUAGGAAAAUGAUCAGGCUCUUUCUGGAGUCCACUUACAUUAGCUUAUAGUGCUAAUUAAGACUACAUUCUGUGGGAGUUGGUAGUAAACCAGUAGAGAUUAUUUUCUUUACAGAUUUGCACACUACUUUAUUACCUGCCAACUCUCACAUAACACAAAAUAGAAAGUACAGAUAGAUACAUAAUAUUUAGAUUGGGAAAUGUUAGGAAGUUUAAUAUUUAAAAAGUUAAAAUAUUUUGCAUGAAAGCAAAAUUUUAUAUAUAUAUAUAUUUUUUUUUUUUCUCUUUUUACAAAAGCACUUACCUUUCUAUUAGAAUCCAUUUGAUGACAGUUUGGAAAUUUUAUCAUCUAUUUACAGAUAUUUGAUUACAACUUAUGUGCUUUUUCAAUGAAACUUUAUUCUAAAACAUGGUACUAUAUAUAGUGGUCGACAUUUAAAGGGUAAACAAGCAGUAUUUGAAAGCCAAGAUUCUUUCCUUGUCUAUGCUAGUUUUAACCUUUCAUGCCUUAUGCUGUGGUUAAUCCAAUACUGUCCUUUUAGGUGAGCUCACUUAUCUACUUUUAAAAACACUUUAACAUGCACCUUACUUUUUGGAAACAAAUCUUCUGUUCUUUAAAAAAUAAAUAAAUAAAUAAAACAAUAUCCAAAGCUGCUCUUGAUAAUGUUUGCAUAUAUGGAAACUCUUACCUUUUUCUCUCAAAAGUAUUUAAUAAAUUUAUUUUAAUGUUUGUGUAUUUCAUGUUUUAUUAUAAAAUUGCACAGCCAUUGAAUUGAGACCAGUCAAUUAAGCCCAAUAGUGUAAUUUUGGAAUAAUAAAAUGUGACAUGUAUAUAAACAGUGCAUAUUGGUAUCUGAAA